GGUUUGUUGCGGGACGACAAGUGUGCAGUGCUUUAUAGUACUAAUGUUCACUUAACUAUGAUUUCAAGCUCAAAACCUGCAUAUUUCUCAAGGCAGUAUAAAUGGCAUCAUCCAAACCAACCAAGCUGGUUAUCUGUGGUGGAGGCAAUGGUGCUCAUGCAUGGGCUGGUAUAGCUUCAUCUCAACCAGACACUGAUGUAUGUGUUCUAACCUUGUCGCAUGACAAAGUAGAGAGAUGGUCCAACUCUCUCAAGGAACAUGACUUCACUGUUAACCUGUACAGUAAAGGAGAGUGCUACAAGAAGCUGAAAACCAAACCAAGACUAGUUACUAAGAAACCAGAGGAGGUGAUUCCUGGAUGUGAUGUCAUUGGUUUAGUUAUGGCCGCUGUUGUGCAUGAAAAGUACCUGGAAGCAAUGAAACCAUUUAUAGAACCAGGUAUGGUUCUUGUUGCUCUGCCAGGACAAUCUGGCUUUGAAUUUCAAGUUCGUCAAGCUCUAGGAGAAGUUUCCAAGGAGAUCACCAUUUUCAAUUUCAUUUCGUUGCCAUGGGCAACACGAAUUGUCGAAUUCGGCAAGUCCUGUGAUGUAAGAGGAAUCAAGUCAAGUUUAGCUGGUGCUAUUCAGAGAAGCUUGAAGGAGGCACCAAUGGAUCCCUGUUCAACAGUGCAAAGCCUGUUUGGAGAGUAUCCUGUCUUGAAAAUAAAGGGACAUCUUUUAGGGGCAUCACUCAUGUCAGUUGGUGCUUAUAUGCACUUAUCUAUCUUGUAUGACUGUUGGUCCAACUGGGAUGGAGAGCCACUAGAUGAGCUGCCUCCACCAUUUUACCUAUCGAUCAGUGAAAAAGGAGCUCAAUUAAUGAGUGAUAUGUCUGAUGAAGUUGUGGCUAUUGGUGAGGCUGUUGCUGAACAGAGUCCAGAGACAGACAUGUCCCAGGUACAACACAUCCAUGACUGGUACAAUCGGUGCUACGAUAAAGAUAUAGUUGACAAAACCACCCUUUAUACUUGUAUCAAGACCAACAACGCAUACAAAGGCUUGACUCAACCCAUGGUCAAAACAGAAAAAGGCAAGUUUGUACCAGACUUCGAGUACCGAUACUUCACAGAGGAGAUUCCAUAUGGUAUCAUAGUAAUGAGAGGUAUUGCUGAGGUAGUGGGUGUGGCCACACCCCAUAUUGAUAAAGUCAUCACGUGGGCACAGACGAUAAUGAACAAGGAAUAUCUUGUUGAUGGGAAAAUCCAAGGAAAAGAUGUUAAGGACACACGAGCACCUCAGAGAUAUGGAUACGCUACUCUGAAGGACCUCGUAGGACAUUAGUGUGACAUUUAAACCAAUAAGAAAUCAUUCCACUUGAGCAUACAUGAAACCUAUUCCUUACCUAAAAAAGAGCAAAGGACUGGGGAAUACAUAAAUGAAAAUGAGGAAGUCACCAGCCCACAUUUUUGCUUUCCUUAAUUUCUCAAAUCUUUACUAAAGGAAAAAACAUAGUCCGAGAGAAAAAGGGGAAUAAAUGGACCUCUGACCUCACCUUCAUGUUUAUUUUAGAACAUGUUCACACUUACAGUGGUACAUAAAGUAAAGUGUAUGUCCCUGAGCUUAGGCAUAUGUACGUUACUGUCCUAAAAACGACCAAGAAUUUCCCUCUCGAUCAACAAUAAUAUUUCUAGUUAGUACCUAAAUGACACUAUUUAAUAGUUUAUUUAAUUUAUAGUAUCUUAGUAGAGAUUUAAAAUCUUUAAACCACAACCAUUUAGAGAGGAUCCCCACUGUCUUAAACUGUAUUCUUUGUAAUAUAGUCACCCCCUUCUAAAAUUCUUGGAUCCGCCCCUGAUAUCAUGCUUGUAGUUCUAGUUUUAUUUUCCUCAAUAAAGUUUGAUGGUUCAAAAAGUCAGUGAAUCAAGUGGCUUGGCUUCCUCGCAUGAUACAUAGCCAUCUCAGGAUCACGAAACCCUCUGUUUCCCAAAGUUCCAGUCAAUAAGUGUUAAAUAUAUAAUGCCGCAACCUGUGAAAGCUACUGUGAAAAUUCCAAGUGCAAUAUGAAAAGGGGUGAAACUUGCACAACGAUAGAAAAUGAAAAAAAGGGACUAAAAUUUUAAUGGGGCACAAUCUGGAAAUGGUUUUGGGGGAACUUGACUUACAUUUUCAUCACACCUAUCCUUAUCCAAUGUGAUUGAGGUAUAUUUCCAUCACCUAUCCUUAUCC